AUGGAUCGAGCGGCGGUGGCGAGGGUGGGCGCGGUAGCGAGCGCCAGCGUGUGCGCCCUGGUGGCGGGGGUGGUGCUGGCCCAGUACAUAUUCACCUUGAAGAGAAAGACAGGCCGGAAGACCAAGAUCAUCGAAAUGAUGCCAGAAAUCCAGAAAAGUUCAGUUCACAUCAAGAACCCAUCAAGAGUAGAAGAAAUUAUCUGUGGUCUUAUCAAAGGAGGAGCUGCUAAACUUCAGAUAAUAACAGACUUUGAUAUGACACUGAGUCGAUUUUCCUACAAAGGAAAAAGAUGCCCAUCAUGUCAUAAUGUCAUUGACAACUGUAAGCUAAUCACAGAUGAAUGUCGAGAAAAGUUACUACAACUAAAGGAAAAAUACUAUGCUAUUGAAGUUGAUCCUGUUCUUACUAUAGAAGAGAAGUACCCCUAUAUAGUAGAAUGGUAUACUAAAUCACAUAGCUUGCUUGUUGAACAGGCUUUACCGAAAGCCAAACUUAAAGAAAUUGUGGAAGAAUCUGACAUUAUGCUCAAGGAAGGAUAUGAGAAUUUCUUUGAUAAGCUGCAACAAUACGGUAUUCCUGUGUUCAUAUUUUCGGCUGGUAUCGGUGAUGUGCUGGAGGAGGUUAUCCGUCAAGCUGGUGUAUAUUACCCAAAUGUCAAAGUAGUGUCCAACUUCAUGGAUUUUGAUGACAAUGGGCUGCUCAAAGGAUUUAAAGGAGAACUAAUUCAUGUGUUUAACAAACAUGAUGGUUCCUUGAAGAAUACAGAAUAUUUCAAUCAACUAAAAAACAAUAGCAACAUAAUUCUCCUGGGAGAUUCCCAAGGGGACUUAAAAAUGGCAGAUGGAGUAGCCAAUGUGGAACACAUCCUGAAAAUUGGGUAUCUCAAUGAUAGAGUGGAUGAGCUUUUAGAAAAGUACAUGGACUCUUAUGAUAUUGUUCUAGUAAAAGAUGAGUCACUGGAUGUAGCCAAUUCUAUCUUACAGAAGAUUCUAUAA